UCUCUGACCACCCUCAGUCUAGGCUCUAUGCUGAUGCUAUACUAGCAAGAACAAUAUGAAGUCACUCUUUCCAAGUCUCAGUCUAAUAAUCUUGUGCUUAGUUAUUCUGAGAGUUCAUGGGGAUGUAGGAACUGCCAUGUCAUAUGAUCCGCCAUAUUUGCCCACAAGGUGCAAGGGAUACGACCCGGAUCAGUUCCCUGAAGGAGGGUAUUUCAUUGCAGCGAGCGAUGGCUUAUGGGACAAUGGAGCAGCCUGCGGACGACGGUAUCGAGUGAGAUGCAUUAGUGGACCAAAGAGGCCCUGCAGAGAAGCAACCAUCUUUGUUGAAGUGGUCGAUUUCUGUCGAAGCAAUGUGUGCCCUGCAACAAUGACCCUAUCUACCAAGGCUUUCAAUGCUAUCUCAAGAUACCUGGAUGCCAAGAUCAAUGUUGAAUAUACACAGGUUUGAUGAGAAUGCGAGCCAAGAUUGGAAGGUUUGUUUCAAUAAGGAAUAAAGACAUACAAGCUCAAUAAGGAAUAAAGACAUACAAGCUGUACAAGGAUAAAAAUCCUGAUGACAACACCAGUACCAUCAUGUCUUUUGUUGCGAAGGUAGCUUCAUAUGAUAAAUAACCAAGUUACACAUGUAGAAGAUGUUAGUCUCACUUGCCCCAUGACAACAUGUAUCCACCCAGUGAGGAAUUGUCUUGACUAUGAAAUAUAAGGGUACAUUUAGUAAUA